AUGCCUGGUGACAUUGAGUCCUUCAAGGACGCCAAAGUCCGACAGAUCACCGACCACGAAGUCAAUCUCCAGACCCGCGAAGUCGUCCUCACAGUCGAAUGGCGUGACUCGCCCGAUUCAUCCAACGAAACCACCACAACCUUUUCCGAGGCCGCCGUCCAAGAGGUCGACGAAGAUCUCGUACUCAAGUACUGGAAAGAUGAUGGCGGUCGUUUCGAAGCCACCACUCUAGGAAAGGAACAGGUCUUCAAGAUCGUGGACGAGAUGAAACGAUGGUGGGGCGUCCAGUGGGUUGGUUACUCCAAGGAGGAGAUGACCGUUGUUCCGAAACAUGACAUUGCCUACAAGCCCGGCGUUGGUGAUGCGAUUGUAAAGUGGCGACGAAGCUUGACGCAGAUGCAGUUGGCCGAAGUAGACCAUUUCAGUCUGGGAGUCGACUACAACAGAAGAUUGCCAGCUUGGAUUGGUCAGUUGCCCGAGGUGGACUGGGACAACAUUGACAUGGAAUCUUUUGAGAAUGGCGAUUUUUAA